CCAGCAAUUCAGGUCGAAGCGUGGGAGAGCCUUGAAAGACACAUCCAACUCACAUUUCACUCUGUUAUUCUGUCACAUCCACCUCUAUCAGUAAUUGCUCCUUACUCUCUCAACGCGUGUUACGGAUUUCACUUCUCGCCGCUGUCUCUUGGGCCCAAUCAAUUUGUACAUUCUGUACUACUUGGUCAAACAAGUCACUCUGAAGACAGUCCCAUUCACCUGUCAAAGGUCAUGAUUGUUUCCCAUGAGCUUCGAUAACCCCUCCUCCUUCGCGCAGUGGCAGUCCUCUAUCGCUUCAACGUCGAAUAAAGAGCCUCAACCCAGACAGCCUAAGCCAGUACAGUCUCCUUGGGGACAGCUUCCUUCCUCGUCCACCAUCAAGCGUGGUUUGACCCCCCUUGCGACUUCGAAUUUAGCCUCGACUUCGACUACGGGAACGCGCAAGGACCAAGCGCUAUCUGAGUCCGACCUCUACAACUCUUCCAUCUCUCCCUCUUCUGGCAACUUCCCACCUCUCCUCGCCAGUUCAGCUCGCCUGGGAUCAAGGCGGGGGACACCACCUGGCUCUUCACAUUCAAACUCGCCCGUAAAUAGCCUUCAAACUGGCGCUCAUCAAGUGCACGCGUACCAAUCUCGCUCUCUCACAUCCCCCAGAUCAAGAACACUUACACCUCAAUCGUCCGUCACAGGUACUGCGGGUCCUUUUUGGCAAUCAGGCCUUGGGGCCGGAGGUGGAGGAGUGUACAGCAGGAGCGGUGCAUAUUCCCCAUCUUUGACAGGACCUGGUGUCGGGUCACCAACUGGUGCGGCUUUCGAACGUUCACCCAGUAUCUCCUCAAACCUCGGUUCUUCCACGACCGGUCCUUCCUCUCUAUCCAAGAUCUCUGCGACACAGAUUCUCCUCCUCCUUGAUACUAUUAGCGAAAGAGAAGGGAAAGCAAAGUGGGACAGUAAGGCCGAAAAGAUCAAGAAAUUGCUUGACUCGAACGGCAUGGAGGUCUUCGCACAGUUCUUUAGACGGACCGUCAUACUGAACGCCGCCGCUAUCUUUUCCGGCACCAAAGACUUUGAUCAGGGAAGCUACAAGUUACUGCGACAAGAGUUAGAUAAAGUGCUAUGGGAUCCCGAACAGCCAUACAAGAUCACUGAGGCCAUCGACACUUCAAAAGAAGACUUAUUUCGCGACUUUGACCUGGUGGCUUUCAUCAAACACUUCUACGCAGACACUUUACCCCAAGUCAUACUGGCUGUUGCCUUUACAAAAUGUGCGAGAGUCGAUCUGAGGACGAAGGCGGAAGAUUUCCUCAACGAGUUUGGGAAGACCUCGCUUCGCACGCUCUCGGAUAGUCGGGGCGGUAAUGCGCAGGCAUUCGCCUCUGAAAAUGUUUGCUCUGUCAUCGAAUACUUUGCCCUGGCCAGUGGUAUGGAAACACAACAGCAGAGGAUUGAUCUCUGGAAUGCACUGUCAUCGCGCUAUGCCAAUGCCCAACCUGACCACUUCGCUGCUGUUGUAACAUCGUCUCAACUUUUGCGGAUCACAAGCCCGGCAAGAGAGAUGGCACGUCUUCUGCAACGACAUGGCCCAAGAUCGACCUCAUCAAAACAGGCGGCGCAGGACUUCGUCGGCUCACUCAAAGCUGACAUCAUUACCGAAGCUGAAGUAACCAACGCUCUAUUGUUCCUUGUCUUCAGUGCAAAUCAGCAGUAUGACCUGAACAAUUUCCUCCAGGCUCUUCAAUCAAAGCAGUUGGACUGGAAUUUGAUAAUUCAGGGCGUUGACCUUCCCGGUUUGCGGUUGCGCAGAGACUCCUUCCCGAGGCUGUUCAUUGCCUUGCGACAGGUGGCUGAAGAACAUCCUCAAUUCGACCUUCAGAAGCUUUGGGGUGGACAAUGGCAAAAUGCAGACACACAGAUCUCCUUUCUGAGCGGCUUCCUGGCGAGCCCUGUUGAAGCGACGCAACCCUCAACCAUCCCAGGUCUUCGACAGAGCUUGUCCCUCGAUGACUUCCGUACCAUUUCACCUGAGGUGAAGAGAUUGCUAGAAGCCGAACUGAAAACGCCAUAUGUAUCUGCAGAUGCCUGUCAAGCAGUCUUUGAAGUUGUUCUAGGGCCAAAUGCAACUCCCGAGAGCGAGGAUCGUCUUGACAUUCUGAACGAUGUUUACCGGAAUCAUCCUGCAAUCAUUCUUCUGUACCUCUCGCGACUCAACCCGAAGACCUGGGUUGCAGACCAAGAAAAAUUCGUCGCCGAAUGCUUUGGGUUGUUCCUCGAAAAACAAGGACCUAGUUAUGCGGCAGUACUCGAAAUACUCUCCACGCAGAAUCCACAAUUCCUUUUCGACCUAUGUCACCUCGUCUUCCAACUCGAUCCGCGCCAGACAGAGGUCAUAUACGAACGCGCCGAAGAGUUUGGUUUGACAGAAGCUUUCCUCAAGCAUUGGUCAAACCCUCUUGCGCUGGAUCUUGCCUGUAUCCGUGACAAAGCCCUGCAAGAUUUUGAUCUGGAUCGGUACAUCUCUGAAGCUGCAGAGGGCCAGUCAAACUUCGGUAUGAUACUGUGCAAAUACCUUCGUAUCAAGGCAGACGACGAAUUUCGCGUACAGCGCGGCGAAUCCGCACCACAGUCAACCCCCCUAAGCCUACGGACAGUUCAUACCCUGCUUGAGAAGCUGGAAGACCAUCUUGACAAUCGCGAGUUGGUUGAAGCUGCGCAAACCACCUGCCUGCAGACGUACCCUCGUCUAAUGAACUACGGCGGUGGGUACGAUGACAUACUGGAAAAACGCAGCGAAGAAAGAGGCAACAAGCUUCCCGAAAGCAUUGAUAAACAGAUGUCUGAAUUGUUUGGACGGAUGUAUCGUUCUGAGUUGUCCAUCCGUGACAUGGUGAAUGAGAUGCGAAGAUUCAAGACGUCCAGAGAUGCGGAUCAGCAAGACCUCUUCUGCUGUAUAGUUCACGGCUUAUUCGAUGAGUACGUUUGCUACAACGAGUACCCCGAGGAUGCACUGGAGAAGACAGCCCUGCUCUUCGGUAGCAUCAUCAAGUACAAGCUACUGCCCGCAAUACCUCGCGAUUUUGGUCUAGCUCUAAUUCUGCGAGCUGUCCGUGACCAUGAGGGCGACAGUCUCAUGCAUCGAUUCGGGAUUGAAGCCUUGCUGCAGAUCAGCGAUCAGUUGGCAGAGUGGCCUGGGCUCUGUAGCCUCUUAUUGCAGGAACCAACACUUCAACAUCCGGAAAUACUGCAACGUGCAGAGGAAGGACUGCGUGCGCAACAAGCUGCCGGAACCAAUGGAGUGGGUGCCGCUACUGCCAAUGGCGAGGACCUUGCAAGACCUGAACCAGGCCGUGGCUUCCGCUCUUUACGAGCGGACCCGCCGCCUACUGGCGCCCAUUUCAGAGAACCCGACCAGAAAGUUCAGGAGAAGAUCCUGUUCGUGAUCAACAACCUUUCCAAGGAUAACAUGUCCAGCAAGCUCGGCGAUCUAAAAGAGUCCUUUGAUCCCGAACACUACCAAUGGUUCGCUGCUUAUCUGGUAGAGCAACGCGCCAGGCUUGAGCCAAACAACCAGCAGAUGUAUUUUCAAUUCGUCACUCUGAUCGAUGAUAACCUCCUCAUGUCGGAAGUCAUACGUGAGACAUACGUGAGCAUCGUCAAAAUGAUGACAUCCGAGUCGACUAUCAGCUCUGCCCAAGAGCGAAGCCAUCUCAAGAAUCUUGGUGGUUGGCUAGGAUCACUGACGCUUGCACAAGACAAGCCGAUCAAGCAUAGAAACAUCUACUUCGUGGACUUGCUCCUGGAAGGAUAUGAAAGUCAACGGUUGCUGCUGGUCAUCCCCUUUACCUGCAAAAUCCUUGCUCAAGGUGCCAAUUCACUCGUUUUCAAACCACCCAACCCAUGGUUGAUGGAAAUCGUGUCGGUAUUGGUAGAGUUGUAUCAUUUUGCCGACCUGAAGCUGAACCUGAAAUUUGAAAUCGAAGUUCUCUGCAAAGACCUCAGUCUCGACUUCAAGAAGCUCGAACCAGCCACCUUCAUUCGGGAUCGACCUGAACCAGACGAUGAACUGACAAAUGUUUCGGCUCUGCCCGACGGCUUGGAGAAUUUCGACGAACUGUCUUUGAACAGUGGCCUCAACCGCACCCAGAGAUUGUCGGCUGUAGAGAUUAUGGCAUCGCUGCCAAACUUGGAGGAGGUAUUGAAAUAUCCCCCAACAUCAGGAUCUCCAGGCGAUCAAGCCAUGAUCAAGAACAUCAUCCUUCGCGCCUUCGAUCAAGCCAUCCAAGAGAUUAUUGCUCCUGUCGUGGAGCGGUCCAUCACAAUUGCUUCGAUUUCCACGGCUCAGUUGAUCUCUAAGGACUACUCACUUGAGCCCGAUGCAGAGAGGUACAGAACUGCGGCGAGGUCAAUGGUCAAGUCUUUGGCAGGCAGCCUUGCACUUGUUACAUGCAAGGAACCACUUCGCAUGAGCAUUUCCAACUACAUUCGUCGACCUACACAGGACGAUUUGCCGGAACAUCUGUUGCCUGAAGGAGCCAUCUUGAUGUGUGUCAACGACAAUCUCGACACUGCUUGUUCGUUCGUCGAACAAGCCGCUGAGCAACGUGCUCUUCCUGAGAUUGACCAAGUCAUUGAAGAGCAACUUGAAGAACGUCGCCGGUUCGCUGCCGAAGGAGGGGGCCGAGACUUCAUCCCCGCGGGCAUCAAUCGUUGGUCUGCUUGGAUCCCCGAGCCUUACAAGCAAACCGUUGGUGGUCUCAACGAAGCUCAACGCGCCGUGUACGAGGAAUUCGACCGUCGUGUUCACGGCAUGAAUGCAAAUCAUAUCCCGAAUACACCAGCAGAUGCUGCAGGAAGACAGAUCCCAGACGUUUUACAGGAUCCUUUGGCCAUGCCCAAUCUUUCAACCCCUGCUGACCAGCCUGCACUUCCUCACCAGAGUCCCCUGGUUCAGCAAGAUCGCAUGCUUACUGCUAUGCAGCAACCACGUGUCAAUGGAUUCGCAGAGACGCUUCCACCGCAUGAGCGUAUUUCAAUGCUUAUUGAAGAUGUUCAGAAGGCUGCUAGGGCAUCAGAAGCAUUGCGUCUCAAAGAUCUGGAAAAGAACAGCUCUAUCUUCCAAGAUUUCAGGCAGAUUCUUAUCGUGCUCACCUCUUCCACACGUCCGGCCGCUGAUCUCUUAGCAAGACAAAUUGCUGAAAAGAUUUGCAACAUUUUUGUUUCGAAGCCUCCACAAACUCCUCUUGAAGCGGAGGUAUUGGCAUUCUUGCUGUCCAAGCUUUGUCAAUUGUCCGAGCUUAUCAUACGAGACGUUCUCAGAUGGAUGACUGCAAACGAGGAUUUGCUACUUGCCAGCUCUAAUGUGAUUGUUGCCCUUCUGACCGUCGGUUUGAUGGAGUUUGCAAGAGUUGAUGUAGCUAUCGCAUCAACCUUGAUGAGUCGCAACGCACACGGACUCCAAGUUUUGGCAAACAUCUUCGACCAAACACUAUUUACUGAUGAACCAAUCGCCCUCAGAGCUGAUUUCGCCAACAGCUUGAUCGCAAUGUCCACGUGGCUCAAGGAGCAACCGGACCUUGUUUUGGCUUCAGAGAUCAAUCAGAAGCUCAGAGCACAUGGUAUGCCUCAAUUCGUUAGUGUCGAAGUCACAGAUAAGGCGAAAGUUAAGCAGGAUCAGAUGCGGUACAUCUUCGAUGAAUGGGUUGGCAUAUUCGAGAAUCUUGGUCCCAACGAAGGCACAUGCGCGGCUUUCUUGAAAGAGUUGCAUAAAGAGCAAACUAUCAACAGCACUGAAGACCUGGCAGAAUUUCUGCGGUUGUGCGUGGACUCAUGCAUCGAUUGCUACGAGCGAGAAGCACAAAGCGUGCGUGGCAGCGUUGACGUGGCAUUCUCCCAUGCGGAUGCCCUUGCAAGAUUGGUCAUUAUGCUUGUCAAAUUUCAGGGAGACACCAACGGUGCUGUCCGACUGAGCAAGGCGCCAUAUCUGGAAACCAUCCUGACCGUACUCGUCCUCAUUCUGAACCAUCACCAAAUCAUGCGUGGCGUUGCCUUCCACCAGAGAUUGUUCAACCGGCUGUUCGCCACUAUGCUCUACGAAUAUUCGGCUGCCAGGUUGGACGGUACUCCUGAACAUACGGACUUGAUACUUGCUUUCGCCAAGUGUAUCAAAUCUCUCCAGCCUUUGUGGUUCCCAGGCUUCACCUAUGGCUGGUACAGCCUCAUCGUCCACCGCGUCUUUGUCAAUGGCAUGCUCAGACCAAACAACCACGUUGGUUGGGAGUCUUACAGAGAGCUUCUCGGCUUGCUCUUGCUCUAUAUCUCCGAGCUUUCCAAGACACCUGGAUUGGAUCUGUUGAACCUUGACCUUUACAAAGGAACAUUGAGGAAUACCUUGGUCCUGCUGCAUGACUACCCUGAGUUCCUGUGCGAGAACCAUUCAUAUUUCUGCUCGCGAAUUUCCUAUGGCAUACCGCAGCUGAGAAAUCUGAUUCUUACGGCCAAGCCUUCAGCGUAUCACGACCUUCCUGAUCCAAUGACUCCGGGAUUGAAGAUUGAGCGACUGGACGAAAUGAAACGGAAUCCCGUCCUAGCUGGAGACUUGGAUGCGCCCUUGGAGCAAUACCAGCUCAAAGACACGAUCGGUGAUGCGCUGCGAAAGUCAACCGAUGUUGAGAUCGCCUUGAAAGAGAUCAAGGCAGCCUUACAGGACGGCGAACGACAAGCAUCGGUGAUGGCACCACCAAAGUCUGUGGAGGUCAUUAAUGCUCUUGUCCCAUAUGUGGGUCAUGACGCUCUCAACAGUCCAUCCGCCAGAUUUGAUCCAAACUCAAUCCAUGCCACCGUCCUGACCAAGCUUGUCAUCAGCCUCGGCUAUGAAGGUCGUUAUCAGUUGCUCAAUGCAAUUGCAGAUCAGAUCCGCUAUCCCAACACACACACUGAUUUCUUCUGCAAGCUGAUGCUACAUCUUUGGGGCUCUGGUGGUAUGGAUCCUCACUCACAGGAACUUCGAGAACAAAUCUCGCGCAUCGUGUAUGAACGUCUCAGCGUCGCUCGUCCCCAUGUCUGGGGAAUGACAAUCUUGUUCUUGGAGCUACAACAGAAUGGGACCUACGGUUUCUGGGAUACGGUGACCCCAGAUUCCAACAUGCAGCAGCGUCUGCAACAGGCUAUGAGGACAACUCAUUGAUUCGAAUCAGUGGGAGAUGCAGAGAGCCGUCCUCCGAAUUGAGUCUACAAAAUUUCUCCUUCUUGUACACUUUGUCCACGGUCCUACUCGUCGAACGCCAAUAGGGAGGUAACGGCAUUUGUUGGGUCGGGCUGUGUAAAUGCAUAUGACGGAGCGAUGAAAACCUGGUCGGAGCGAGGACAGCGGUGUGAACUGGAAAGGAUGAUCACGAUCAGGCAUUACUAUAGCAUGAGGGAAUUGGAGUUCUUUAAUUGACGAUUGUGGGAUCGUCAGAAAAAAGUGAGCCUUAUGAAUAAUUCUUGAAGGGGGUUGCUGCAAGGUGGUGCUUGUCAUCCACAGAGUCUUGAUAGCCUUCAACAGCCCCUUUUUGUGUAACAUAGACGGCUUGAGACUGGGAGUUAGACAUAUACUGUAAACGCAUUCUUCUUUUCA